CAGCACUUAAAGCCCUGUUGACUUUUUGGUGCUUGGUAACUUAUAGUUUUUAACGGUUUAUUUUGUAUUAAGUUACUCAGUCUUCAGCUUUAAACACACCAUUUGGUAUUCUGGCAUGGUUAUUGUUGAAAAUCUGGUACUGUCACGUCUGUAGAAAUCUGUAGAAAUCCCUUUGACAUCAUAUGUUGAGGGAGGAUGUUCUCAUCGUUUCCAUUUAUCGACCCUCCCCCACCCUAAACCGCAUCCCCUCGCGCGUGCGCAUUCUUGUAGGAUCGCUGCAACUGCUGGUGCACGAGCAGCAAGGGUGUUUGCUUUUAACUUGGGGAACGACGGAGAUGUAACAUUUUGGUUGACCGAGCUACUAAAUCGACAACAUCAGCUAAAAAAAACGGAAAUGCAUGACUGUGGAGGAUGCUGCGAUAACUGUCGAAUUGGGGGAAAAGGAAAAAAUCUUUAUCCGUGACCGUUGAGCCCACCGUGAUUUCGGGAUGAAGUGAUCUCCUUCAUAUUAAGAUUCUGGCACUCAUUUUAUGGGAAGGGGGGGCUUUGUGGUUGUCCAAAAUCCACUGGUGGAAAUGGUCAUUUUUGAGAAAUGGCUGGUUUAUGAUGACAUCAUGCAGUUAGUAUUUGUGGGCGGGCUCUGAGCUACGAGGGGAGAGGGGCGCAACCGGAGAGCAGCAGCGGUCAGGCGCCAUUAGGUAACGAUGUAAAUGGGUGUCUGUAGUAUCAAGAAGCAAACCGAUGGUUAAAAAUCAACUUGACUUUAGGGACAUGCUGUGCAUUUUGUAUUAACUGGUGCGCAUAUUAUAUGCGGCUAUUCACAAAAAGUGGCCUCUGUUCGUUAAUAGAAAUUCGUCGUCGACUGAAAACAAGAUGGCGUCGAGGCUUUUUUCCCCCCUUGUCUCAGGGCGGCGGCGCCGUGCGCGUUCUCGCGACAAUGUUAUUUCCUGUUUCCAUAUCCUGAAUGGCUCUACUUUAACUCAACCACGACCACAAACCUAAAGGUGACCCUUGUACUUCUAAUUUGAAUUUAAUAUGAUAAGAAAGAUGUUUUGACUUUUAAAUAGAUAUUGUCACAGAAAAUGUUACAAUCUCCUAAGAAACAAUAGUUCGCUUUGGAAUUUCCACAUGCUGUUAAUCAUGUUACACAAACACCUGAUGCCCCUGUUUAAAGAUAAUGAACAAUUCUAAGGGGAGUUGCACAUGUACAACACGGAAAAAAAAAAAAAGAUGUUGCACUGAGAACAUUAGCCUGUGAAUGCUUAACUUUAACGCCAUCCAGUGGACCAAGAAGGAAGAGGCUGCCAUAAAAAAGACUGGAGGGUGUGUUAAAUGUAAAUUGAAGCAAUGCAGUGAUUUGGAAAUCACGUGUAAUGAAAUAUUUUAAAUGGAAAAAAAUAAAAUAAUUUUUCAAAUAUUACUGUGUACAUAGAUGCCAAAUUUGACAUGGAAUUAUGACCCGCAUAAAAGGCAACUGCUACAAAUAAUCUGAGCUAAAUAGAUCUAUUUGUAACAGAUUAUCAACAAAAAUUGUCAAAGGUAGUUUAUUUGUUCGGGAUGCUUUAUAUAACAUUACUGAAAGCUAUGGAAAUACUGUAGUCAUUGAAUACAUAGGCUCUUCUAUGUGGAAAAUCCCAGUUUGAGAACACCUCUGAAAAUGUAUUGUUAAUGAGCUAAACCAUGUGGCUGCACAUGUGAAAAAGACCAGGUGUGUCUGCAAAGUGGAACGUCUGCCUAUUAAAGAGCGGUUUAGCAACUCCCUAUUUCAAUCUAGGAUGGGAAAACAUCAGUUCUAAAUAGUCCCACUUGAACAUCUUAUGACAAUAUUUUUAUGUUGUAUAUUUACUGUUACAAAACGUUGUUGAAGAUAUUUUAAAAUAAUAAAAAACAAUAUAAAUGGUUUGGUUUUGUCGUAUUUUUGUACAUGAUGUAGCUUUAAUCUGCUUUAAAAAAGAAAAAGAAAAAUCUGUUGGUUUACAUGGACAGCAACCUUUAUGACCCAGUGUUAAGAUACAAUUGGACAUCUACAAAAUACAAUAUACGUAUUUUGUAACUUUCAAUAUGUGAAACCACAUUUUGUCUGCAAACAAUGCUUCAAGUGAACGUAAGGAGUGCUGUAAUAAAAUGAUACCGUUUCCAUUCAGCCAAUGAGCAAAGAGUAUAUACGAGCAGUGGCUUUCUGUCCAAUCAUAGCCGACGUUGUUUGGAGGUCGUUUAUUGACAAGGAGAGAAGGUGACUCCUUGGGUAUAGCAAAAGAACCUCAUACGAAACAUAAAAAAUAAAACAUAAUAAGUGGGGUUUUUCCCAAAGGAGCUGCCAUGUCUUCUUUUGGAAGGGCGUUGGGAGUCCUUCGGACCGGGUCUCGGCUGUUUAAGAAUGGCCCAGGAAGGAUAACUAGCAGAAAGGCUAGCGGAGGACCGCACAUUGAGCCACAGUACAGACAGUACCCGCAGCUAACAAAGAAGCAGAAGUUCGAGUCUGAGCUCAUCAGCGGUGCUAUGUGGUUUUGGAUCCUUUGGCACUGCUGGCAUGACCCCGACGCGGUGCUGAUGCUUCUGCAUGGACAGACGAAGAGCUCGGUAUCCCAGCAGAUGACGAAGAAUAAGAUCACCCACGAGGGAUUCAAACUGUUUGGCAAGUCUUGCUAUGAAAAACAAACCUCAGCAUCUCCAAAGCUGGAAGAGAUUCUUAAAGUCUUGUGUGAGUGCUGA